AAACCGAAACUCUUCCGUCUUCAAAUAUAUCAGCCGUGUUUAUUUGUGUCUAUAUUUCGAAACUUGUGGAGAAAUUAAACCUUAAAAAUGGAGGCUAUAUUUCAUCUUUUAAUAUUUUGUCUAUGGAUUGGAGUCGUCGCCGGUUCCUGUGGUAGUUAUGCUACUGGCUCUUCAGAAUGUGUUUCUCUAGAAGGUUAUCACGGAGCCCAAUGGGCAACAUGUCUAACGGAAAAGUAUAUUCAGACGAAAUCAGAAGGGCGCCACAUAUGCCUAGAAAACGCAAUUACCUGUUGGUAUCAGUGCAUGCUAGAGCUCCACAAUAAAGAAGAUGGAUUGGUGCAUCGUGACUGUUCCUGCACACGGAAUGAUCCUAAUGACAGUCCAGUUGCUCUACCACUUUGGUGUUACAGUCCAUCCGGCGAGAAUUGUCUGUGGUACAGAGACUGUCUUGAGACACAGUAUCCAUGCAAGGGACAAGAUAAUUCGUUUGAUAUUGAUUUCGCUGAAAAGUUCUGCAAAUUGUAUGAACAAAAGUUUAGGAAAAUCAACGAAACUGGCAUGUUAUGGAUCGACGCUGUCCGCAAAUGUCUUCAAAUUAAUCUUACACCAAGUUUACGGAUUUUCGCUCACAAGACGUGCCAGGAAAUCAAAACUUCAGCGUUUGAUUCCAGUUCAAAAUGUUACCGUUACCCUGGCCAAGGGAAACCUUCCAUUUGUGAUCUUAGCGCAGGUGACUUUUGGCAUGUAUUCUGGACAGUCAAAGGCGCAGUUAUGCAAGCGGCGACAGCAUCAUUUAAGCAAAUGCUAGAUUCCAUUCAGACAUGUGGGACAAACAUUUUAACUGAUUUUCGCGAUUUUGGAAUGGAGCUGAUCCAGCUGGAAAUUGAAGAGGUUCAAACCUCUAAGCAGGACAUAUUGGAGAAAACAUCAGAAGUUGCUUCUGAAAUGAUGUCGAAAGGAAUGGGGUGGAUGAAAAAGGGGAUUUUGCAUAUUGCAUACCCUACAAAGGACUUCCCAUACGCCGACUGGUUUUUCAUCAAUGUACUCAUUGCUUCUGUUAGGGAGUACUAUGAAAAUGCACCAGAGGUGAAUAUUACAGAUGCUGCGAUAGAAGCAGCCAAAGCGAUCGAGAAAGGUGACAUGCAGAUUGAUGUAGGACACGGAAUGAACUUCACGAAACUCAGCAUCUGCGUCGAUUACAACUGCAAGGAUUCCUCAUUGCAAAUUACACCUGCUCCUCCUAAACCAAAGACAAGUGCAGCCCCGCCGUCAACAGCACCAGAAACAACCUUCAUCAUUUCUACAGCCAUACCAUUACUGAUACUGGCUGUGAAGAAGCGAAUUCAUUAAGAGCUCCUGUUUGUUUAACCGCUUAACAUGAAUGUUAUUUAGUUUCGCAAACGAGAAACAAAAGAUUAAAUAACAGCAACGCAAAGUCUUAUUUAAGAUAAUAAUGUUGUUGAAUUGUAAACAUCAAAAUUUAAACACAUUUUUAUUGACCCGAAGAUGAAUUACUGUGCGCUCUAAAAUGUAAUGUAAAGGAGGUUGACAUGCACAUUUCCAUAUUUUCAACAGGGUCAUGUGCUACAAAAUGUAUAAAUAUGGCUUGAAAAAAUAAGUUGCAGAGCAAGAAAUCCUUUUUCCGAUAUUGAUCUGGAUUUUGUUAAUUAUGUUGCAUAGCUAUUGUUUGGUAUUUUAUAUUCGUUUGAAAAGAGCCCAUGCCUAUAAUUGUUAUACACCUGUUUUAAUAACGCAUUGUAUAUUUGCGAUAUACGAAUGUUUGUCUGUUCAUAAAUUUCUUUGUCAUGUUUUGCAUGCACGUAGGUGCUGAUUUGAUUUUUGGGGAGAAGAAAUUCUAUGAGGGUCUGCAAAUUAUAUGGUCGAUGUGACAGUUAUUGUAUAUAGUUUAUUAUUCAUUUCUCACAAGCUUAUUUGCCGUGGAUACAUAGAUUGAUAGAACUUUGUGCGUGUAUAUAUAAUGUGAAUUAUCAGAUCGACUAUCACUUUAUUUCAGUUGGAUGUUUAAACAGAGUUAUAAUUCUUGCUUUUAGUUAACGAUUUGUUCCGCACCGUAAUGUGAGUGUUAUGUACAUUUAUACGUGUUUUGAAGAUUUACAAUUUUUUAUCGUUCGUGCUCAGUCGAGGAGAUAUGGCCGAAUACUUUCAAUUUUCCAUACUUUUAUUCGCAGGUGUUUGUAUGUAAGGGAAUGAAAUUAAGUUUUAAUUUCUUUAAGCCAGUUUGUAAGUUCCAGCUCUCUAUGACCUAUUAAGUUCCACAAUUAUUGCCCUUGAUAGACGCAUUGCACGAACGAGUUUGUACAUGGAUGUAUAUAGAUGAUGAUUAUAUCUUAAACUGAAUCAGUUGAAUUAACACGACAAAUAGACGCUUACAUGCUCAUUUAACGUUUGUAUUGACCGUGAUUAAAUAAACUGUCACUUUAAAGUAGACUCAGAAAUAAAAAAAACCUGUUGGAUGUCAAAUGAGCCUAUGAUAAGAAAUGUAGCUAAAGCUUGCUCUUUUGUUAGCAAAUUAUAUGUGUAGAUAGUGUUUUGUGUGGUAUGUUUGGGAUUAUGUUAACGAAAACUGUUAUACUAUGACUUAAAGAAAAAAACUAGAAAUGAUGAAUAACUUGCAGGCAAUUUCGUGACAUGUAUAAUUAUAUAUUUGGUUAUCAUACUUACCACCUAUGGAUUUGUACAGCAUGCGUUUUAAAUCUUAUUUGAUUUCUUAUAACUUAGCGAGAAAGUAAAAUGUGGUGUUCUACGUUUUUAUCAACUCAAUGACCAUAACAUUGUAUUUUGUAACUGUUCUGUUAUUUUGUAUGGGUUGUUUGAUGUACUUGUAUAUAAAAAUUAGACACUAAUAAACUAUACACUGCUUUAAUACGAAUGACGCCUUUUCUGCACACUGGAUAUUAUUAAUUAAAUUUGCCUUGUUGGUGUUGAUAUGA